CUCCAAAAAGGCAAAACAAAAGAAUAAAAACCAAUCACAAAAGAGAGAAUAACAAAGGCUUGAACGAGGGGUGAUGAUAAACACAGACAUAGAUUGUCACGAUUAAAACAAAAAAAUCUAUCUCGCAAAUCUCAGAUCGAUUCUUUCGUUUUUCUUUGGCCGGCGAUGACAUCAUGGUCACCGUCGGUGGAUCACCUCCGUCAAGGUGAAAGGCAUCUUGAUUUCGAUGUUAGGUGCUUGAUUUGCAGAUUCCUGGGGUCCUCCUUUGGGACUUUCGGCAACCACAAACAACAGCAGCGCUGCCGGAAACCGGCGAGGAUGGAGGGGAAGCCGUCGUUUAGCCUAGAAAUUGGGCACGCGGCCGCCGAAACUUAUCUUAUUACGCGGCUUAGCUUCACCCUCCUCCGAUAUCUCGGGGUAGGUUACCGGUGGAUCACAAGAUUAAUUGCCCUUGCUUGUUAUGCUUUGCUUCUUAUGCCUGGUUUUCUUCAAGUUGCAUAUUGUUAUUUUUUCUCGAGUCAAGUGCGGAGGAGUAUUGUCUAUGGAGAUGAACCAAGGAAUAGAUUGGAUCUAUACUUGCCAACAAAUAGUAAUGGCCCAAAGCCAGUUGUGGUGUUUGUGACCGGUGGAGCCUGGAUAAUUGGGUACAAGGCUUGGGGUUCCCUUCUGGGGCUACAAUUGGCAGAAAGAGAUAUCAUGGUAGCAUGUGUUGAUUACAGAAACUUUCCCCAGGGAACUAUUAGUGAUAUGGUGAAAGAUGUAUCUCAAGGGAUCUCAUUUGUCUGCGGCAUCAUUGGGCAAUAUGGAGGUGAUCCUAAUAGAAUCUAUUUAAUGGGGCAGUCAGCAGGGGCACAUAUUUCUUCUUGUGUUCUCUUGGAGCAAGCAAUUAAAGAAUCUAGAGGAGAAAACAUCACCUGGAGUGUCUCCCAGAUAAAAGCUUAUUUUGGUUUAUCUGGAGGGUACAAUUUAUUCAAUUUGGUCAACCAUUUCCACAAUCGAGGCCUUUAUCGCUCCAUCUUUUUAAGCAUUAUGGAAGGGGAAGAGUACUUUGAACAAUUUUCUCCUGAAGUUAGAAUAAAAGAUCCAAGCAUUAGAGGAGCUGCUUCUCUUCUGCCCCCUAUUAAACUUUUCCAUGGAACUGCAGAUUAUUCAAUACCAUCAGAUGCCAGCAUAAACUUUGUAGAUGCUCUUAAGGAGGUAGGGGCUGAGGCAGAGGUAAUUUUAUAUGAAGGAAAAUCUCAUACCGAUCUGUUUUUACAGGACCCUUUAAGAGGAGGAAAGGACGACCUAUUUGACCAUGUGGUUGCUGUGAUACAUGCCGGUGACGAGAAAGCUCUUAUGAAGGAUGCUUCAGCACCUCCAAGAAAACGCCUCGUGCCUGAGAUUUUGUUAAGGUUGGCUCGUCAGAUUAGCCCCUUCUAAUUCCUUUUUCUAUUUCACCAUGUUUGAUCAACAACAACUCUUUAAGGCCAAUUUCUUGAAUGAUGUCUAUGGUAUAUCUAGUUCUUCCAUGAUUUAAUUUUAUAUAUCUAGGAGGUAUCAUAUUCCUCCUAGCAUUCGUUGGGUUCUUAAUUCCCGUUAGAUUUAUAGGAGAACGAACACUUUUCUAAAAUGAACUCCUGGAGUAGAGCAUCAGCCAUAAAAUAGUUUAAUUCUAUUGUUUGACAUUGUUUUUGCAGUUCAAAAUUGUAAUGACUAAAAUUUAUGUUCAAAAGUUAUGAAAAAUUGUGGUUAUAUUUUAGUUGUUUGUUAUUUCUGUGAUAAAUUAUUCUUUUGUGGGAUAAAAGGUUUUUUUUUUUUUUUAUUGUAUGACAAGUUCUCCCAAGUUGAAUCUUUUAUGAAGCAGUUUCUCCACUGUACCAAUACCUUGGUAAUGUCCUGUUGCCUUUCUUUCCUACCUCCUCUCCAUAAUUGAAUUGGUUCCUUGGCAAUUAUCCCAUCUGCAUCCAACAUUAUUUUUAAGCUGAGAAACAUAAAACACAAGGUGAAUCUUGGUUAGGUUAAAAAAAACCAAGAAACCCAACUCAAA